CAGGGGGAGGCAGGCGGUGCCGCCCUCUCCCCUCUCACGUGACCGGGGCGGCGGGGCCCCCGCCGGACACCGCAGCGGCGCCGCGCCCGGCCCGGCCCUGCUGCGCCUCGCCAUGGGCUGCUGCUACAGCAGCGAGGCCGAGGCCUCCGACCAGGAAGAAGAGACGAAGCGGCUGCUGGAGCCGGCGGCCAGCCCUCCCAACAAGGUGCUGAAUGGAGCAGAGCAGAGCUACCACAACCUCCCGUCGGCGCGCACAGAUGAGCAGGCCAUGCUGUCCUCCAUCCUCGCCAAAACGGCCAUCAACAUCAUUGACGUGUCGGCAGCGGAUUCGCAGGGCAUGGAGCAGCACGAGUACAUGGACAGAGCCAGGCAGUACAGCACGCGCCUGGCCAUGCUGAGCAACAACCUGACGCACUGGAAGAAGCUGCCGCUGCUGCCGUCUCUCACCAACCAACCGCACCAAGUGCUCGCCAGUGACCCCGUCCCCUUCGCAGACCUGCAGCAGGUGUCCCGGAUAGCUGCCUACGCCUUCAGCGCGCUCUCACAGAUCCGCGUCGACGCCAAAGAAGAACUGGUUGUACAGUUUGGCAUCCCCUGAGCCCUCCCCGCAGCACCACAGCUUCACCGGUUUUGGGUUGGUUUUGGUUGUUUGUUUCUUUUUUUUUUUUUUCCCUUUUUUUUUUUUUUCUUGUCUUUCUUCCCCCUCCCUCCCCACGGCACUGCGACAGAACUUGUACAGACACCUGGUUUCCUACUAAUCGCGAAGACGCUGUCACCGGCGCACCGACCCUGCCGGCCCUGCUCGGAGGCUUUCUCCUCCUCCCGGGUGGGUGGGUGUGCGUGGGGAGGGGGCUGUGUUUCACCGGAUGCCGCCUUGCACAGGGAUAACCACAAAGGGAACGCUGGCGCUGGGGAAAAGGCCCGGCGUGGGUCGGCACCACCGCUGUGCCGGGUCAGGGCAGGCUGGGCCGGAGUCAGGCUGCCGCGGAUGUGACGCUCUGCACGGGACCCGGUGGCUUCUGACACCCUCCCCACUUAUUUUUACAUGUUUGGACCUUUAUUUUUUUUUUAAUUAUUAUUUUUGGCCGCAGUAGAUAAAAACCAUGUUCAUCCAG